AGUGGCUUCGAAUGACAGCUUUCACAACACACGGACGGUCGACGCGCCGCCCGGGAGCCGCACAGCCCGCCGCCCAGCAGAGGCCCGGCAGAGGAUGUGUUGAGGCCACCUCAAUGUGCCGCUGAGGACACCCAAGAGUGAACACUUCAAUAUUAUAGCUGAGCAGAGCAUCACACAGCCUCCUUCCGCAUCCUACUCAUCAUCACAACAGCUGCUUGAGGGAUGGUUACUGCAGCGCAGAGAUAAUAUAGUAAGUGAUAUGAACACCAUUGGCCUCACCAUCCUGGUACGAAUGGGUAACUGCCUCUGUGCCAAAGAAACCAUCACCAUCAAUGGAAGCAGAUAUUACAUAAGGGACCGCAUUGGUGAAGGGGGCUUCAGCACAGUGGAUUUGGUGGAGAAUGCUACCAGUCACAAACUUUAUGCACUCAAGCGCAUCACAUGCCAUGCUCAAACUGAUCAAAAGAUUGCAAUAGCAGAGGUGGAGUACCACAAGGCCCUCUGUCACCCCAACAUUGUGGAGUGUAUUGAUUCAGACCUUGUGGGAGUGCCUGACCUUGUAGGCAACAGAACAUCUCAAGUCCUCAUCCUUCUCCCUUAUUACCCGCAAGGGACCUUGCAUGAUGAGCUAAUACGAAGACAGGAGGCCAAUAAUCCCCUGGAGGAGACUAUGGUUCUCACUACCUUCCGGGGGAUUUGUGAGGCCACUCUGUGCAUGCACUCUGCCAAGCCUCAUCCCCUGGCUCACCGGGACAUCAAGACAGCCAAUGUGCUCCUCAAAGAAGACUUCACACCUAUCGUUAUGGAUCUUGGAUCCAUGGCCAAAGCCCGAGUGGAGGUGAAUGGCAGUUCUGACGCCCGCAAGCUGCAGGAUCAGGCUGCAGAGAAGAGUUCCAUGGCCUACAGGGCUCCUGAGCUGUUCAACGUUGAAGCAUUUUGCCACAUUGAUGAGCGCACUGAUGUUUGGUCCUUGGGGUGUUUGCUGUAUGCACUGUGCUUCUACAAGUCUCCCUUUGAGGUGGUGUAUGAGCGUGGGGACAGUGUGGCCUUGGCUGUCGUCAGUGGCAACAUCAAGAUACCUGACAAUAACCCUUAUUCACAGGAUGUUAUAGACUUGAUAGAAAGUCUGCUCAAAGUGAAUCCGGAGGAGCGGCCGUAUGUGGACUGGAUAGUGAACUCGGUGGACCAGCUCAUCAACAAGUCGGCUGGAGCAGUCUAGUCCAUCACAGCUCAUUAAGAAGGUACAGGAAGAGGGGUCCUGCUUGCAGCACGCAGAUUUUUAUUACUAGACAAAUGACCUGCUGACCAAUCAAGAUUUAUCUGUAAAUAUUUGAGAGUGUUGAUUCAACGACAAGAUGUGUAAUGGGGUCAGAUUGAUGGACAUGAUUAUUCUAGUGAUUUUUGUGAUACUUGACCACUAAUAUAGUUCAGAAUCUAUGCACCACUGAAUAUUUUCUCAACACUAAAAACAACUAUAUAAAUAUAAUGCCUGAGACACUUUUGCCUCAUAUUCAUGGCUAGGUAUUGUCAAUGGAGGUGGUCUUGGCCACGAAGCUUUACAUAUGAUCUAGUAUGGGAGUUUUCAAAUUCGUAGAAAUAUGAAAACCAUAACAUACAUGAAAAUUUUGAGUGUAAGGUAUUGUGGGAUAAUCAAUCUUGUGAUAGUGGAGAAAGAAUACACUGCAAAUUGUGA